AUGUAUUCUUCACCUACUUAUGUGCGAGCAACCCAUGCGACGCGGCUUUUGAAGGAAAUCGACGAGUUCACGCGGCACGACCAUCCAUAUGCCCGCGGUGCCAUCAAGCACGUCACGCCGGACAUCGUGGAACUGGAUCUGAUUGUGAAUGAGGCGCCAUGGCGCAAUGCUGCGCAUGUGCUUCGCAUCGACUUCAGCGGCGAUUUCCCCUUCUUGGCUCCACGCGUCUAUUUUCCGAAUAAGGUUUGCCUGGCGCUGCUCUCGUUCGAAAAUUGGCGGCCGGCGACUACUUUGGAAGCUAUCAUCCUUGCCAUCAUCUCCAUGCUUACCGAGCCGGACAUUUCUCGAGCCGUCGAGCCCGCGAUUGCUGAUGAGUUCAUCCGGAACCAGCCACUAUACCUCAAGAAGGCCAGCGCUCACAUUGAAGACGUUGAAAAGACGCUGCAGCGCAUCAAGUCCAAGGGGCGCUCCCGUUCCCGGAGGUCAAGCCGCUCAGCGAGGCGCAAA